AUGGCUCGCAAGUUCUUCGUCGGCGGCAACUUCAAGAUGAACGGCUCCAAGUCGUCUAUCAAGGAGAUUGUCGAUAACCUCAACAACGCUGAUCUCGACAAGAACGCUGAGGUUGUUGUCUCUCCUCCUGCCAUCUACCUCCCUCUCGUCCGUGAGACCCUCCGCAAGGACAUCGAGGUCGCCGCCCAGAACGUCUUCAACAAGCCCAACGGUGCCUUCACCGGCGAGAUCUCCGUCUCCCAGCUCAAGGAUAGCGACAUCAACUGGGUCAUCCUCGGUCACUCUGAGCGUCGUGAGAUCCUCGGCGAGUCUGACGAGACCAUCUCCUCCAAGACCAAGUACGCCACUGAGAACGGCCUCAAGGUCAUCUGGUGCUGCGGCGAGACCCUCGAGACCCGUGAGGCUGGCAAGACCAUCGACUUCGUCUCUAAGCAGCUCGAGUCCCUCAAGUCCCAGAUCUCCGACUGGUCCAACAUUGUCAUUGCCUACGAGCCCAUCUGGGCUAUCGGCACCGGCAAGGUUGCUACCACUGAGCAGGCUCAGGAGGUCCACAAGGCUAUCCGUGACCUCCUCCGUGGUAUCAGCGACAAGGUUGCUGACGAGACCCGAAUCCUCUACGGCGGCAGUGUCAACGAGAAGAACUGCGGCGAGCUCUCCAAGCAGCCCGAUAUUGACGGUUUCCUUGUUGGCGGUGCUUCUCUCAAGCCUGCUUUCGUCGACAUCAUCAACGCUACCAAGCAGUAA